CCCAUCGGAGGCCGAGAGAGGACUAUGAUUGUAUCCUCAUAGAAUAAAAUCCUCGUGGGCUCGGUCGGUUGGUCUGGUCGGGUCUGUGAUCGAUCUCCCGGCUCUUUCAAAUAUUAAUAACCGAAAGAAAAGGAAAAAUAAAAAAAUCCAGACCAUCCUCCAGCAACAAAAAAAAAAAAAAUUAAAUAAAAAAAUUAAUUUUUUUUAAAAAAUAUUCUUUCAGAAAAGAUAAAGAGGAGAGGAGAGGAGUGGAGGUAAAUAUGGAAGGCCUUCAAUGCAGCUGCAGCAAGCCGAGCUCCUUCUUCUUCUUCUCCGUCCUCUUCCUCGCCUCUGCUGCGCUCUCCAACGCCAACAUCGCCGACUUUGAUGAGCAUUGGCGGAAGAAGGCCGAGGAGGCCCGAGCACAGGCCCUCGCCGCCUACAAGCCCGACCCCGAGUCCGUCACCAACAGCUUCAACCAGGCGGUCCAUAAAACCCUGGCGGCGACCAACAGCACCCGGAGGAGCCUCCGCCGCCAGUACAACGGCCCGUGCAUGGCGACGAACCCGAUUGACCGCUGCUGGCGGUGCCGCAGCAACUGGGCCAACCACCGGAAGCUCCUCGCCCAGUGCGCCAAGGGCUUCGGAUACGGAGCCAUGGGGGGCUUUGCAGGGAGGUUCUACACCGUCACCGACCCCUCCGACAGCGACGUCCUCAACCCCCGCCCUGGCACCCUUCGCCACGCCGUCAUCCAGCCUGAGCCCCUCUGGAUUGUCUUCGCCAACGACAUGAUCAUCACCCUCUCACAGGAGCUCAUCGUCGGCAGCAACAAGACCCUUGACGGCCGUGGCGCCAAUGUCCACAUCGCCUACGGUGCCCAGAUCACUCUGCAAUUCGUGCGCAAUGUGAUCAUCCACAACCUCCACAUCCACGACCUCAAGUCUGCCGCCGGCGGGCUAGUCCGCGACUCGACCGAACACUACGGGUGGAGGACAAGGAGCGAUGGUGACGGCAUCUCCAUCUACGGCUCCAGCAACAUCUGGAUCGACCACGUGUCCAUGUCCAACUGCGAGGAUGGGCUCAUCGACGCGAUCGAAGGCUCCACCGCGAUCACCAUCUCCAACAGCCACUUUACCCGCCACAACGAUGUGAUGUUGUUUGGCGCCAGUGAUUCCAACCAAGCUGAUGCCAUCAUGCAAAUAACGGUCGCAUUCAACCACUUUGGACGAGGCCUAGUGCAGAGGAUGCCAAGGUGCCGAUGGGGAUUUGUCCAUGUGGUGAACAACGACUACACACAUUGGCUAAUGUACGCCGUGGGUGGUAGCAAACACCCCACCAUCAUCAGCCAGGGCAACCGAUACAUCGCCCCCCCAAAUCUAGCCGCUAAGGAGAUAACGAAGAGGGACUACGCAACGGAAGCGGAGUGGAAACAAUGGGUGUGGAAAUCGGAUGGGGAUUUGAUGCAGAACGGGGCAUUCUUCGUCCAAUCGGGUGGGCAAAACAUGAGAAAAUUCUCGAGGACGGAGUUCAUCAAGGCCAAGCCCGGCACGUUCGUCACCAGGCUAACGCGCUUCUCGGGGGCGCUCAACUGCCGCGUCGGACAAAAGUGCUGAUUCCAGAAGCAGAAGCUGUAGCGGCAGAGGAGGAGGAAAGGAAGCAGAGGAUGGGACGCAUUGAACAAGGGGAGUGGCAGUUGAAGCGAAGAGGCUGUGUUUUGUGUUUGGGGUAUUUUGUUGGCAAUUGAUGAGGGAAAAGGGUGAUGAUGAGGAAAAGAGAUAGGGAGGGAUUUGUAUGAGUGAGAAGAGGGGAGGAUGUGUUUGUAAUUUCUUCUUUUUUUGCAUUUGAUUGGUAUAUGAUCAGUGAUAACUUUAUUUGAUGGGCAA